CUCUCACGGCAUCUUAUUUACCACCAUCUUUCUCUUACUCUGCAUCAUGUCGCUCUCAGACGCACAAGCUUUUGUAUUUGAUGUAUUCGGAACAUGUGUCGAUUGGCGGACAUCUGUUGUCAAGGAACUUGAACACUUUAUCAAGACCACACCUGCACCUGACUACGUUGCGUUGGCCAACAGAUGGCGACAGGAAUACUAUAUAAGCGUUCGCACGUAUGCAGAGUCACAACCUGACGUUUUCCCAGAUUUGGACAGUAUCCAUCGCACCAUCUUGGAUAGUAUUUUAGCUGAAGAAAACAUCGACCUUGACGAAGCUUCACGCGUCGAGCUCAACCUGUGCUGGCACCGUUUAUCGCCCUGGCCUGAUACCAAUGCUGGCUUGGAAAAACUCAGUUCCUUUGCCAUCACUUCAACAUUAAGCAAUGGCAAUGUACGUCUACUGCUCGACAUGAAGAAAUAUGGUGGAAUGCCCUUUGAUAUGAUCAUGUCGGCCGAGUUGUUUCAAGCAUACAAGCCAAAUCCAAAGGCGUAUCUGGGGGCUGCGGAAAUGCUGAAAUUGAAACCGGAACAAGUAUGCAUGGUCGCAGCUCAUCCAUACGAUCUCCAGGCAGCCAAGAAGUACGGUUUAAAGACAGCUUAUGUUUGCCGUCCAAGCGAAGAUCCAAAAAAACAGUUAGACUUUGUCGAUAUCAAUGCAGACUCCUUUGUACAGUUGGCAGAAUUAGUUCUUGAGCAGAAAAAGGAAAGAGAAUAAGUAUUAUAAAUUUUAAUUUAAAAGCGAC